AUGAAACCCAACCUUUUUAGUCUGUUUGUGGACCUUAAUAGAUAUGUUAGGACCCUCAGCCGCAAACGCUAUUUUGCAAUGAAAACAAUCAAACAGAAAGGAAUCAUAGGAACACCCAUUAUUUUAGAUCAGGAGGAUAAUAUAGCAAUUGAGGCAUUAGAACUCUUACAACAAGAAGGGGGUUCUAAUAAUGAGGAUACUAUAAAAAUAUAUGAUAUAAAAAAUAGUUUCUCACAAAGAAAAAAAUCAGAAUUUUAUCCUUUACAAUACAGAGGUCCCUUCAUUGAGAGCUUCUAUAAUAGCACUUUAGAACACUUUAAGAACAUGUGUGAACUGUCAGAAAAGAAAAAAUUUAAGGACAAUCUUAAUAAAGAUAUUUCAUUAUAUGUCACUGAGGGAAAAUUAAUUACUCAAACAUAUAUUAAGCCGGUUGAUCAAAACCGAUAUUUAAACUUUUCCAGUUCACACAAAAAUUCAUGGAAAAUUAAUAUCCCGAAGGGUCAAUUCAUCAGACUAAAGAGGAAUUGUGGUGUAGAUAGUAAUUUUAAGGUACAGGCGGCUAAAUUAUAUCAAUCAUUUCGAGAACAGGGAUAUCCAGAUAAUAUAUUACAAAAGGCCCUGACAGAGGUCAAUGAAAUAGAUCGAGCAAACCUCCUUAAGACUUCUAAAAAAUCUAAAAGUAAGAGUAAUACAGAUAGGACUGCUCUGUUCACCACGCAAUAUAACAACUGUGCAUUUAAAAUCAGGUCUAUUAUAAAAAAGAAUUCAGCUCUACUUAAAUUGGAUAACAUACUACGUGAAAAUGUGGACUUGGAAGAUUUUUAUCGAGUGACCUGUGACAUCAAAAGAAAAAUGGGAAAAAAGAAAAGGACUUUCAGCCAGCUGGAAGUGGCCCUCAUUGUGAUUAUCGUGUUACUAAUUGGUGUUUUAGCAGGGUUUAUCACAGUAAUAUUUGUCCUGGGAAAUAGGCAAUGUAACCCUAGUGCAGCAACAACUUCCUCACCACAACAAACUCUAUCAGCAGCAACUGAUCCUUACACUAAUGCCUAUCUCCUAGGAGCUGGACGAGCAGAUUGUACUGGAUAUUUGUCAGAUGUUCCUUUGAUGGGAUAUGCCAGUAGUGACCAGAAGGCUGGAGGACUUCACACGAGGCAGUACAGUCGAGCAUUUAUUGUGGCAGAACCAGAUAAUUCCAAAAGGGUGGUGUUUGUCAGUGCUGACAUAGGAAUGGUGUCUCAGAGAGUCAGACUAGAGGUGAUGGAGAAACUGAAAGCGAAGUACGGAGACCUCUACAGACAAGACAAUGUUGUCCUAAGUGGCACACACACACAUUCAGGACCAUCUGGGUAUUUUCAGUACACAAUCUUUAUGUUGACAAGCAUGGGAUUUCACCGAGAGGCCACUGAUGCCAUUGUCAAUGGUAUUGUCAAGAGCAUUGACAUAGCACAUGCAAGCCUGAAAAGAGGAAGGAUCUUUGUAAAUAAGGGCUCCGUGGAUAACAGUCACAUCAACAGAAGCCCUUCCUCGUAUAACCGCAACCCACAGUCGGAGCGAGACAGGUACCCGGCAAACACGGACAAAGACAUGGUGAUACUGAAGAUGGUGGAUAUGAAUGGUCAGGAUGUAGGGCUUAUCAGUUGGUUUGCAGUACAUGCGGUUAGCAUGCCUAACACUAAUCAUCUGAUCAGUAGUGACAACAUGGGCUAUGCCUCAUACUUGUUUGAACAGGAUAUGAAUAAAGGAUCUCUGCCUGGCGAGGGAUCAUUUGUAGCAGCUUUUGCAUCAUCAAACCUUGGAGAUGUCACACCGAAUACCAGAGGGCCUCAUUGUAUAAAUACAGGCCUAUCAUGUGAAAACCCAACCAGUACCUGUCCAGAAGGAGGGGUUACGGCAUGCGUUGCUACUGGUCCAGGAGCGGAUAUAUUUGAAAGCACACAUAUAAUUGGAGAACAAAUAUUCAAGAAGGCCAAGGAUUUCUACAAUGCGGCAUCCAGGAAAUUGCUGGCUACUGUGAAUUCUGCUCACCAAUGGGUAGACAUGAGUAAUGUCACUGUGAAGCUUAAUGACACUCAUAAUGCAACAACCUGCAAACCUGCCCUUGGAUACAGCUUUGCUGCAGGAACAAUUGAUGGCCCUGGACUAAUCAAUUUUACCCAUGGAAUGACUGAGGGAGAUCCAUAUUGGGAUUCCAUUAGAGAUGAACUUCUCGGAGUUCCAUCAAAUGAAACAAAAAAAUGUCAUCAACCUAAACCCAUACUGCUGAACACAGGCGAGAUGACUAGACUUUUACCAUGGCACCCAACAAUAAUUGAUAUUCAGAUGAUCACCAUUGGAUCUUUGGCGAUAGUCGCUGUUCCAGGAGAGUUUACGACCAUGUCUGGAAGGAGGUUAAGAGAAGCAGUCAGAAAGGAACUGGAUCCGUCUGACACACAUAAUAUUGAUGUGGUUAUUUCAGGGCUGAGUAAUGUAUACACACACUACAUUACUACUUUUGAAGAAUAUCAGGCUCAGCGAUACGAAGCUGCAUCUACUAUUUAUGGGCCACACACAUUGUCUGCUUACCUGCAGCUGUAUAGGGGGCUGGCCAAAGCCAUCACAGAGGCUACCGUGGAUAAACUGCCAAGAGGACCACAGCCACCGUUUUUUAAUCAAUCCCAGCUUUUUACAUUCUUGGGUCCCGUUCUUGCAGAUAAAGCUCCUGACACCAAAACCUUUGGAGAUGUAUUGGUUCAGGUUAUGCCACAAUACCGGCCGGGUGACGUAGCUUCAGUAACCUUUGUUGCGGGAAACCCCAGGAGUUCUGUGACAUAUAUGACUAAUGAUACUUAUAUAAAAGUAGAAAAGUACGACAAUGUAAAGGGGACAUGGCACACGGUACAUAACGAUGCCUCCUGGGAGACGAGAUAUUACUGGCACAAGGGCACAGGAUCUCAGAGCAAUGCUACAAUUGAGUGGCACAUACCUGCAUCAGCCGACUCUGGAACCUACAGGAUCCGUCACUUCGGUCACUAUAAGCAGUCCUUCAUCCCUGCCAUCAUAAGGUCCUAUAAUGGGACUUCAGAUCAGUUUCAGAUCACUAACUGAUCAAACAGCUCUCAGCUUACAGAACAGAUGCUGUAUGUGGGGUAUUCAGAAGAGAUGUCCUGUGACAAACAGUUGUCAUCGACUCAAAAAUAUAUGUGCUGUGCAUUUACACCUGCCUUUUAUGAAUCUGUAAAGUAAACACUGUAUACCUUAUUCUAACUCAAGGAUAUUUUGUAGUACUGAAUCCUGCUGGAAACAGAAACAGCUGCCUCAUUAUGAAUGUAACAUUCAGAUAUCACCAUUAAA